GAGGCACAAUAUAGAGAUGGAGGGAGUAAGGGAGAGUCAAGUGGAGGGUGGGAGGUGGGUGGUUACAGUGGACUUUCACAGGAACAGUGACAGAGAGAAAGUGACCUGGGGAGAAAAUGGUUCAGGAUGUGAAAAGAGACAAAAAGAUCAGUACGGAAAUAGGGACAGAGUAUGUAAUCAGACUUUGACCAACAGUAGCAUUGGGCGAUGGGAGGCUGGAUUGCAGUCUCAUUAAUUUUUUUUUAAUUUCUAAAUUGCUUUCCCUAUUAAAUUAUUUGUCACAUUCAAACUAUGAGGCCACAGUGCUUUUCCUGUCCACUAUAUACUGAAAGUGUUUUGCUGAUUAGUAAAUAAUUUUACAAUAUUUCUGUGUGCAGUUGUUGGAGAUACUGAUGAUUUUUGUCUUGACAUUCAAAACAAAGUUUAAACAGGUAUUCUAAUACUCAACAUCUUCCUUUUUCUCGAUAUUUUAAUUAUAUGGUCUGAGAGCUAAGGUUUCCAACUAAGUUUAUGAUUUCUUUGAAUUCCCUUUGCCCUUUUUUGUUGUUAUUCUUUCACCAAAUAUCGUGGGAUGGGCUGCAUAGUCCUGGAACCUUUGUUCUAACUUGUCUCAUCAUGAUAAAUACAUUGCUCCAAGGUACUUCCAUACCUGCCUGACCUUGUAUGUUUCCUCAUGCCAAUAAUUAGGUCUUAAUAUUCCAGUUUUGAUGUAUAAAUGUGAUGUUCUGGUAAAAAGAGAAGUUAAAAGCUUUUAAUCAGUAUGAGUAAAACCAUGAAAUAGAGAAGCUGCUCUUGCUCAGGAGAAAUAGGGGCAGGAAUUUUCAGGAGCAGGGGUGAGAAGGGCAAGCCUUACCACUAUCAAAUGCAGUCCGACUCGUGUAUAAGGCCAGUAAUGGUUACCUCCACUGGCCUCCUUUUCACAUCUCUGCCUGGCCCAAAACACACACAGCACAGGGAAGCUGGGGAGGGAAAGCCCAAGAAUUUUAUAAAUAAUCGCUGAACAAAGGUAUCUCUCUAGUGAGGAGGUAAGACUUGGCUCUGUGAUGGAAAGGCAAAGCACUUGGGAUGUUAAUGGAUGGAAGGGAGCCUGGGAAGCUCAGAGACUGGAGAAAAGGAAAAGCCUGCACAUCCUUCCGUGGUGGUCCUGUGUUCCACAUACACUACAAGAGUGCAAGGAUUGUGACUUGAAUGGGACACAAAGACUCACAUUCCCACGGCUACCACGUGGCGUGUGGGCUUCACCAGGAUUCAGGGUAUUGUGAAGCACAAGCUUUGCCUCCUGUUGCUUGGACUAUAUGAGUGAAAACCCAGAAGACAGAAUGGAAUCACAAGAAUCAGUGACCUUUGAGGAUGUAGCUGUAGACUUUACCCAGGAAGAGUGGACCCUACUGGACUGGUCCCAGAGAAAACUCUUCAGAGAUGUGAUGCUGGAGAACAUAAGUCAUCUAGUCUCAGUUGGCAAACAACUCUACAAAUCAGAUACAAUUUUCCACUUGGAACAAGGAGAGCAACUCUCCACAGAAGGGAUAGGUUUGCUGCAAUGCCAGAGUCUAGAUAGGGAAGAUGAUCUUAAAAAACAAGAAAUAAUAUUCAUGCAACAUAUCUACAAGAAGGACACAACAUUAAUCAGUGCAAUGAAAUCUCACACCCAAGAAGAUCCUUUUGAAUGCAAUGAUUUUGGAGAAAAUUUUACUGAAAUAUUAACGUGGACUCAAUAUGUGGUACCUAAGAUGGGAAAGAAUCCCUAUAUUGGCAACAAAUGUGGACAAGACAGCAGUUAUUUGACAUCCAUUAAUAUACAUAAGCAGAGUCAUGCUACAAGUAAACCAUAUGAAUGUCAUCAAGGUGGGAAUGCCUUUAUUCAAAGCUCUGCCCUUAGACAACCCAAUAAUACUCAAAAUGGAGAGAAAACAUUUGAAUGUCAUGAAUGUGGGAAAGCUUUUGGAAAAAGUUCUAACCUUAGGCGACAUGAGCUGAUUCACACUGGAGUGAAACCGCAUGGAUGUCAUCUAUGUGGGAAAGCCUUCACUCAUUGUUCUGACCUUAGAAAACAUGAGAGAAUUCACACUGGAGAGAAAUCAUAUGGAUGUCAUCUGUGUGGGAAAGCCUUCAGUAAGAGUUAUAACCUUAGACGACAUGAGAUGAUUCACACUAGAAAAAAACCUCAUGAAUGUCAUCUAUGUGGGAAAGCCUUCACUCAUUGUUCUGACCUUAACAAACAUGAAAGAACUCACUUUGGAGAGAAACCAUAUGGAUGCCAUCUAUGUGGGAAGACAUUCAGUAAAACAUCUUACCUUAGACAACAUGAGCGAACUCAUAAUGGACAGAAACCGUAUGAAUGUCACCUCUGUGGGAAGGCAUUCACUCAUUGUUCUCACCUUAGAAAACAUGAGAGAACUCACACUGGAGAGAAACCAUAUGAAUGUCAUCUAUGUGGGAAAGCCUUCACUGAAUCUUCUGUCCUUAGACGACAUGAGAGAACCCACACUGGAGAGAAACCAUAUGAAUGUCAUCUGUGUUGGAAAGCCUUCACUGACUCAUCUGUCCUUAGACGACAUGAGAGAACUCACACUGGGGAGAAACCAUAUGAAUGUCACCUAUGUGGGAAAGCUUUCAAUCACUCUUCUGUCCUUAGACGACAUGAGAGAACUCACACUGGUGAGAAACCAUACGAAUGCAAUGUAUGUGGGAAAGCCUUCAAUAGAAGCUAUAACUUUAGACUGCAUAAGAGAAUCCACACUGGAGAAAAACCAUAUAAAUGUUAUGUAUGUGGGAAAGCCUUCAGUAAAUAUUUUAACCUUAGACAACACGAGAAAACACAUGUAAAGGUAAUAAAUGCAGAAGAUUCGCCACCUAUAGCUUCAAACUAUAAACACACUUGAGGGCCCAAACACCUAAGAAACACUUUGUAAUAUGUAUGGGAGAGCCUUUAUUCAUCCUUAUGACUUCACUCAACUGAAGUUAAUCCAAAAUGGGAGAGAAUCCAUAUAUGGGCCAUCUGUAUGACAAAGCCUUUCGAUAAUGGACUGACCUGGGAGUCAAUAUAUGACCUGGGAGAAUGUAAAUGAAGUGAGUGUGGAAGAAUUUUCAUCCACAGUUCUGUUAAAGUGGAGAAGUCACAUGUCAGAGAUAAAUCUAUGUCAGUAAUCAAUGUAGAAAUACUUUUCAUUUAUCCUUUAAAUAAAUUGCACAGGAAAGAUUCUA